CCUGCCUUGUGGUGCUCCAUUGAAAAUCAGAGCUCCAGUUUCAUAUACAUUAUUAUUCUGAGAUUGUCAAAGAAUCAAUCUUUAUAAAGAAAAAAGAAAAACAGAAGACCAAAAGUGGAAGGAACACCUCACCGAACCCUCCUCGUCAUUCAGUGUUUUGGUUCUCCUGGGAUUUCUAAUUUGUUUGUUUUUUCGCUCACUCUUCCCAGGGUAUGUUUCAAUUUGGUUGUGUUUUUCAUCGCUUGAAAACUGAAAUGCAGUGAAGCGCUUAGAACCCUUCUCCUAUUUCAAUUUAAUCACUGGAGGGUUUCGGUCAUCUCAUUCAGUCAUUUCUUAUAACAGCAAUUUGUGGUGAUGAGUACAGUUGGUAACAAGUGGGUGGAUGAAGAGUUCUCAGUAGUUGGAGACAAAGGCGAUAUAGGGUUCAUUGAUUUCAAUGAUGAUAAAUCAGUUUGUAGUUACAACCCAGCUGAAGAGGGUCCGGUUCUUAUUUCAGUCCCGUUCCCUUUGGUGGAUGGAAAGCAAGGUCAAAAGCCUCAAUCAGUAGUUGUAGGAGAAACAGUUUCGGAGAAAAUUACGAUUAAGAACACCACCAGUAAGCCAGUUGAGCUGUGGGGUGUUAAAAUUUAUGCCUCAACCCCAGAGGACUCUUUUACACUUUCUCUGAUUGAGCCUCCAAAGAAAGACUCUGGUGUAGAAGCCAUUAGAGCCUUCCUCGAGUCUACUUCCCUUGAGGACAGAGUGCUGCAGCCGGGUGAAACUCUGCCUUUGUGGCUGUCUUGCAAGCCCAAGGAAAUUGGUUUGCACACAACCGUGGUGCAGUUUGAUUUCGAGGAUAAUCAGAUUGAACGUGCUGUUUUUCUCUUGGCUGAUGACAAGCUCUCCCAAUCUCUCGCCUCAAAAAGACCAUUUGAAAGACGCACGAAAAAAAAAGCACUUGUUGUGGAGUGCUAUCAUGUGGCUGUAGGCCCUAAGAAAAGAAAUGAACGGCGACGCUACCAAAAUAGGCUUCCGCGGUAUGACAUGCCAGUGGAACUUAGAGAUUAUCUAUUGAGCGGGCAGGAUCCUGAAUGCAUUACAGAAGGUCUUACAAAGAGGAACUAUGCCGAUCACUUCAAGACUUUACUGAUGUUGGAGGAAAUACAGUUAGAGGAAAGCAUGAGAAGUUAUGAUAUGGAAUAUGUUAGUAUGAGGAGGAGGGGAUAUCAUUAUUUAUCCCUUGAAGUCCCAGGGCUUGCGGAGAGAAGGCCUUCACUUGUCCAUGGGGAUCAUGUUUUCGCCAAGCUUUCUGAGUAUGCAGAUGACACAACACUUGAUCCAUAUCAGGGUUACAUUCACCAUGUAGAGGCUGAUGAAGUCUACUUAAGGUUUGCCGAUGACUUUCACGCAGAGCACAGAGAUGGUAAUCAUUAUAAUGUGCAAUUCACAUAUAGUCGAGUUUCCAUGAGGAGGUUAUACCAUGCAACUGAUGCUGCUGCACAGUUAGACACAAGGUUCCUAUUUCCAUCUGAGUCCCCUCAAAAAAGAUGGAUAAACGGCCCAAAACUGGUUCCUCUACCUUCUUGUAGACUAAAUGAAGAGCAGAUGUGUGCUGUUGAGAUGAUCCUUGGCUGCAAAGGAGGACCACCUUAUGUGAUUCACGGACCUCCUGGCACAGGCAAGACAAAGACAUUAGUGGAAGCCAUCCUCCAACUCUACAAAGGUCAAGCACAAACUCGACUUCUCGUUUGUGCCCCUUCAAAUAGUGCAGCAGACAACGUCCUGGAGAAACUCCUCAAUGAUAAGGCUGAUAUAGUAGUUAAAGAGAAUGAAAUAUUUAGGCUCAAUGCACCUUCCCGUCCUCUUGAUGAUAUCAAGCCUGAAUAUAUUAAAUUUUGCUUCUCUGAGGAUAAUAUCUUCAGCUGUCCUCCACCCAAAGCCCUCAGGGCUUAUAGGAUCAUUAUAUCAACCUAUAUGAGUGCCUCUCUUCUUUAUGCAGAAGGUAUCAAAAAAGGUCACUUCUCUCAUAUUUUCUUGGAUGAGGCAGGACAAGCUUCAGAACCAGAAACCAUGAUCCCGAUAGCAAAUCUGCAUGGGGGGAAUACAGUUGUUGUUCUGGCUGGAGACCCUAUGCAAUUAGGUCCGAUCAUAAACUCCCAGAGAGCAGAAGAUUACUGUUUGGGCAUAUCAUACUUGGAGAGGAUGUUUGAUUGUGAGUUUUAUAGACAUGAGGAUAACAGUUACGUAACUAAGUUGGUAAGAAAUUACAGAUGUCACCCAGACAUUUUGCAUCUCCCCAAUGAGUUAUUUUACGGAGGAGAGUUGCUUGCUUGUAAAGGUGAGUCAGUUUCCAUCACUGCAAGGCUGGACUUUCUUCCUAAUAAGGACUUUCCUGUGGCUUUCUUUGGCAUUCAAGGCUGUGAUGAGAGGGAAGGAAAUAAUCCAUCAUGGUUUAAUCGGACUGAGGCUAGUAAGGUAGUGGAGGUCACGAAGAGAUUGACUGCAGGAAAGAACCUGAGUGAAGAAGAUAUUGGGGUCAUUACUCCGUACCGACAGCAAGUGCUCAAACUGAAGAAAGCUUUCGAGGAUUUGGACAUGCCUGACAUCAAGGUUGGAAGUGUUGAGCAGUUCCAGGGACAGGAAAGGGAAGUCAUUAUAAUAUCAACUGUCCGAUCAACGAUUAAGCACAAUGAAUUUGACAGAACAUACUGUUUGGGAUUCUUGAGCAAUCCAAAACGGUUUAAUGUGGCCAUUACUCGUGCCAAAUCUUUGCUGAUUAUAAUUGGAAACCCACAUAUUAUCAGCAAGGAUCCUAACUGGAAUAAGCUUCUGUGGCGCUGUGUAGACAACUCAUCCUACCAGGGUUGUAAUCUCCCUGUCAGGCAGGAGGAAAUUUCUUAUGAGAGCCCAACACAGGAAGAUCACUGGGACAACCCUGGAGAAAACAGUCAGUUCUCUAGAACUGAUUCGUGGGUCCAAGGGUCGUGUGGAGCAGAAGCUGCACAGCCUAUUCAGGACAGUGAUGGAGCUGGACUUCCCCAGCCUCUUGAUGAAUCCGAAUGGUCUGAUGGCUGGAAGUAAACGCAUAGCUUCUAGACAUGAUGGGGACACGCUUUAUCGGGGCACCUGGAUCUAUAGUCCUGGAAUCAAUUUUAGCUAGAACUGUAUUUGCUUCCUUUCAGGUUAAGCAUCACUAUGUGGCCUUUAGAUUGGGAUUCGAAAAUAUAAUCCCAUGGCCUUAUGACUGUUGAUUUGUUAAUCUAUUGCUGGUGAAGUUACCUAUGGUUUGCCUCAAA